AUGACAGAAAGCCAGAGCACAACUUUGUCGCCUACAGAGGUCAACAGUGUGGAAUUCCAGGAUACAAACAGUCAAGCGCAUGCAACGUCGUCAAAUGAACCUAUCAAGCUUGAUAUAGAACAUGCAAUAGUUGAGGAUGAUCCUCGAACAUGGUCGAAUGCGAAGAAGAACGUUGCAUUGUUUAUCAUAUCUGGAGCAUCGAUGAUCGCAGGCCGGGGGAUAGCCGCCAAUGCUCAAAUUGAGCAGCAGCUACACACCAGCAGCGGGGACAUCAGCCUGAGUUUGUCUCUUUUCAUUCUCAUUCAAGGAAAUUUCCCUGUCAUCUGGAGCGCAAUCAGCGAGAUAAAGGGCCGCAAGCUGGUGUACCUUUUCUCCGUAGCACUGUUUACACUUGGGUCGGUAAUCGUGGCCAUAUCCAGAACCAUUGGUUUGUUGAUCGGUAUGCGUAUUCUGCAAGGCGUGGGGUCAAGCGCCGUUAUCGCUAUCGGAGCUGCCACUCUGGCCGACAUAUACGAGCCGCAUCAACGAGGAAAAAUGAUGGGUGUUUUUUAUUCUGCACCUCUCCUCGGUCCCUCGUUGGGGCCAAUUAUCGGUGGUGCACUCACACAGGGCCUCGGCUGGCGGGCGGUUUUCUGGUUCCUAGUCAUCUGGGGAGGUAUAAUAUUCUCGGCAUUCCUUUUCUUGUUCAAGGACACCUUCCGGAAAGAAAGGAGUGUGACGUACCAGAAUGUAUUGAAGAGGAGACUUCGAGAUCAACAAUCGUUAGAGGCAAAGGACGACUCGCGAAACGUUUCGGAGAAGGAAACACAAGUGAAUGGCGAUAACCAGGCGAGUCCAAAAGACAUUGAAGCACAGCCGACGGUCAUACCAGCAUCAGCCAUCAGAGAAGUAAAGCUAUCCAUUGCUGAUGUCAACCCUUUCCCUCCAUACCUAUCGAUUCUCAGCCGCAAGAACAACUUUGUUAUCUUGAUAGCAUCAGGUUUAAUUUUUGCAUUUAGCUUCAGCAUUGCAUAUACAUGCGCUAGAACAUUGUCGAUGUAUUAUAAUUACGAUGCUUUGAAGACCGGCCUCGUCUUACUUGCCUUUGGCAUUGGCUCUGUAAGCGGCAGCAUAUUAGGUGGACGUUGGUCCGAUCGGACACUUGCUCGGCUAAAGGCAGCAAACGGAGGGAUCAGCUUUCCAGAGAUGCGCCUCGAGAGUACGAAAGUUGCCAUGGUGUGGUUACCUCUUUCCGUGAUUGGAUAUGCUUGGGUGUGCCAAGAACGGGUCAACGUCGCUGCGAUAUGUGUGAUGCUCUUCUUCGCAGGAUUUUUAUCCAUAUGGAUCUACACGAGCACACUGGCAUACAUCGUCGAUGCAAACACCGGUCGCUCAUCGACGGCAGUAGCGACCAACAGUUCUUUCCGCGGUCUGUCUGCUUUUGUUGCUGCUGAGAUUGCUAUUCCUCUACAAGAUAGCAUUGGCGACGGUGGUCUGUAUACGCUAUGGGCGGGGCUAAUGGUCGUUGCUGAUUGUAUUAUCUUACUGGUGUUGUACAAAGGCAGGAAGUGGAGAGAAGCCAGUGCUGAGCGGGAGAAGCAGAAGCUGGAUGGCAAGUAG